AGCGUUGUGUCAGUUAUCGCUCUUGAAGCUUGCAGAGCAUUGACAAGGACUUACAGCUGAAAAGUGAACUAACAUUUGCAGGGAUCUCUAUACUGAACUGGAUUACUUAUCUAGCACGGACAUUCUAACAUCUUUUCUUCGGAAAUACACUCUUUGGAUAUUACCCUGAACCUUGUGGACUAUAUUACUAAUUUCAAUAUGACUCUGGAAGAAGUCGUUGGAUGCAACAUUACCGAGAAAAAGAUGGAGACCGUGAGUCAAGCUUUGGAAGAACUGCUGGUGGCAGCCCAGCGACAAGACUGCCUAACCGUUGGAGUCUACGAGUCUGCUAAACUCAUGAAUGUAGAUCCGGACAGUGUCGUUCUGUGCUUGUUGGCUACAGACGAGGAGGACGAAGGGGACAUCGCUCUGCAGAUCCACUUCACCCUCCUCCAAGCCUUCUGCUGCGACAACGACAUCAACAUACUGCGCGUUUCGGGGAUGAGACGCCUUGCUCAGGUCCUGGGCGAGCCGAACACCGACAACAACGACAACAACGGCAAUGAGCCCAAAGACCUGCAUUGCAUUCUCGUCACUAACCCCCAAUGCCAAGCUCUCAAGUGCCAGGCGCUGCAGGACGUGAGCGACUACUGCGACGAGAGCCGCUGCAAGAACCAGUGGGUCCCCUAUCUGUCCCUGCACGAGCGCUGAACACACCCGGUCCGCUGUGAAACGGUAACAGCGAUGGAAGAAAAGUCAAACCUGUCCUUCAUGUGAGGACAAAAAAGGCGUUGGAUAGCGGACAUCGACAGCUGUCUGUCUGCCUGCCUGGCCGAUUCCCUGUUGCGGUGCUGCUGUCGGAGGCGGAGCGGUUCCGCCGUGACGCAUCGGACCAGCCCAUUGUCUUCCCCCGCGGAAAGGAAACGGGUCACUGCGGCGGCGGCAAGGCUGGGAGUAGGAGGUCCGCCGAGGAGGUUUCUUUUUCAUGUUUUGCCCAUGGCGUGAUGGGGAAGGGACUCGCAGUUUUACGCCACAGGGGAAGGAAAAGGACCCGUGGACGCUGUUGUGUGCUGACUUGCAAAACCUGGGACCCAGCCAUGGCUUGUUCGUGGUCCAUGUAACCUAUUCGUAAAAAUGAAAUGUGAAUGACUGAACUGUUAGAAGCUGGACGUUAUUAUGAUUGAGAUGUAAUUGAUACUGAGCAUGCUCAGAGAAAAAAGAAAACAUAUGGACUAAUAUUGCAAUGAAGCCAUGAUGCACAUCAGUAGCUGUGGCUGACUCAGAACAGCACCAGUUACCUAAAUAUGGAAUUUGUUUAUUGUUUGAUAAAUCUCUGAUGCAUAUGAACAAAUGUGAUUUUAUUUAAGUUGAAGAGAGUAAUAUAUGUCAAUGGAGUGCAUUGCUGAAAACAAUGUCUUCUUAUUUACUUAUUUGAAUAAAUUAUUGAACUCAA